CAACUUUCCUGCGCAGCCUUGAGCUACUGUAGGAGAUCCAAGGGUGGAGCUGCUUAUCCGAUUAGGACUACCCGAGAUUCACUUGAUACCCACGUUGCCGGUAUUCGCGCGAACCGUAUGACCUGUGUCGUGAGAGACGCCGUCGAGGUGUGUCAGGCCCUCUCAAUUCGCUAUCUCUGGGCUGAUGCUUUGUAUAUCAUACAAAAAGACCACCAAGACUGGACACGCGAAUCCGAGAGAAUGGGUUAG